AACCAUAGAAAUUUAAAGUCUUACAAUUUAGUAACAAGAAGUAACAAGAAUACCUGCCUUGUUUACUUGAAUUAAUGGAGACUAGGGAAGGAAUCAUGCUAAUGCAUGCCUUCUUGAUUAUAGUUGCACUUACUUGGUACAUUUUCAUAAAAAGAAAUCGCAGCGAAACCGCAAAGCUCCCUCCAGGUUCACUUGGUUGGCCGUAUAUUGGUGAAACACUUCAACUUUAUUCGCAAGAUCCAAAUGUCUUCUUUGCUAAGAAACAGAAAAGGUAUGGUGAAAUAUUUAAGACCCAUAUCUUAGGUUGUCCAAGCAUCAUGUUGGCUAGCCCGGAGGCAGCCCGGUUCGUGUUGGUUAACCAGGCUCACUUGUUCAAGCCAACUUAUCCGAAAAGCAAAGAGAACUUGAUUGGCCCAUUAGCACUAUUUUAUCAUCAAGGAGAAUACCACACUCGCCUAAGGAAGCUUGUCCAAGGCUCGUUAUCGCUUGACAAUCUCCGUAGGUUAGUUCCAGAUAUCGAAGAAAUCGCUGUCUCCGCCUUGGAAUCAUGGGCAGGAGGCCAAGUCAUCAACACCUUUCAUGAAAUGAAAAAGCUAUCUUUUGAGGUUGGAAUACUCGUCACAUUUGGACACUUGGAGGCCAACAAGAAAGAGCAACUAAAGAAAAACUAUAGCAUAGUAGACAAAGGCUACAAUUCUUUCCCAACAAAAUUACCAGGCAGCCCCUACAAAAAGGCUUUCUUGGCCAGGAAACGGCUGCAGGAGAUUUUGAAAGAAAUCAUUUCUGAGAGGAAAGAAAUGAGGGUAACAGAGAAAGACCUAUUGGGAUGUCUACUGAAUUCAAAGAAUGAAAAGGGUGAAGCUUUGAGUGAAGAUCAGAUCGCGGAUAACAUCAUCGGAGUUCUAUUCGCGGCUCAAGACACCACAGCCAGUGCAUUGACAUGGAUUCUAAAGUACUUGCAUGAUCACCCAAAACUUCUAGAGACUGUUAAGGCAGAACAGAAGGUUAUCUACCAGCUUAAUGAUCAUGGUAAUCUUCAUUUGACAUGGGCCCAGACUAGGAAUAUGCCAAUUACUUACAAGGUGAUAAUGGAGAGCUUGAGAAUGGCAAGCAUUAUUUCAUUCACAUUUAGAGAGGCUGUUACAGAUGUAAAAUACAAGGGCUACCUGAUACCGAAAGGAUGGAAGGUCAUGCCUUUGUUUAGGAAUAUCCAUCACAAUCCCGAAUUCUUUCCUAAUCCUCAGCAAUUCGACCCGUCAAGAUUCGAGGUGCCACCAAAACCCAACACAUUCAUGCCAUUUGGAAGUGGUGUCCAUGCUUGUCCUGGAAAUGAGCUAGCCAAGCUAGAAAUGCUUAUUGUGGUUCACCAUCUGGUCACUAGAUACAGAUGGGAAGUGGAAGGAUCUGAAAGUGGGAUUCAGUAUGGACCAUUUCCAAUGCCAAUGCAUGGACUUCCUGCAAGAUUUCAUAAAGAAUCUAUCCAAGAAAAGAGACCAAUAUGUGGUGCUUCUUCUUAUACAUAGAAAGCAGAUGUCACCCACCCCCCCUCUUGAAACUUAGCUAUCAUUUUUUAGAAAUUAGUUAUCUGAGGAUUAAAGAUUCCUACUUUUUGCUCUAUAAUAUUUCCCUGUGUACCACCUCUAUUAAUGCAAAUUUUAUUCUGGAGGUAUCUA